AUGGCGCUCCCCCUCGGUAUCUUCCUCGGCGGCGUAGUCGUCGCAAUUCCGGUCGUGACCGGAGUCGCAGAAGGCGUCGAGCACCAGAAGAAGCAGAAUGAAGAAGCUGCCAACGAGACGCGCAUGACCAAAUUCAAUGCGCUCGUGUCAUGCGACAGCAACGACGAGAUUGCCGACGAAGUCGACCAGGGGAUUCUGGUGAUGCGGCACGGGAAGGUCUGGGUUGUGCCCCGCGAUAAAGAUAACCCUAAGCCUGCGCCCGCGCCCAAGCUGGAUCCUCCACUGCACGCGUUCGCCGGCUUCUACAUCCAGUACCCGGACGAAGACCGCUUUCCGCCCGAGCGAGGCCUCGUGUCCACCAUCCAGGACGACCCUCCCGUGCUCAACUGGAUAUACUGCGACCGCAAGACGUACGAGCUGAAGUAUGGCAACCGCAGCGCCUCCAUAUCCGAGAUUGUCGGCGAGUGGGACUGGACUGAGGACGAAUCUGCGCUGAUGCUGGACGGUUGGGAGGGCUUUGUCGCCAUCGACGAGUGGGACGGCGCUGAAGAGGACAACACAACCGAGUGGGGGCGGGAAGGCUUGCGCUGGGCCCUGUAUUACGACAUCGACGACAACGGUCUCAAGGGCAGGAGGAAGGGUCGCGAUAUGUUUGAGAUUACUCUUCAGAGGAAGCUGCAAAGCGACGAGGACCAGUUGAAGCAGUUGGAGGAGGCCAACAAGAAGAUGCAGGUCAAGACGGCCGGAGACAUGAAGACCCAAUUCACAGCGCCCGCCAGAGAGCUGAGGAGGAAGAACGAGUGGGGUAGGAAAGACUGA